CAUCAGGAUACCGGAAGAAGCUUCGUGUUGUUUCUAGAAGGGAGCUAAGAGCGGCGAGGAGUUUGUGUCAGGAAGAAUCGAUCCAGUGAUGGAGGGUGAAUCUGAGACAUUGGCUGCAAUGGCCGAUUCUUUAAAGAUCUCCGACACAGGAGGACAUCCAGAUGGCCAGAGCACAAAUAAGCAGGAAGAGGACUGUUUUUAUGACUGCGAGGAGACCUUUCAUGCAGAGAGAACGUCACUGGCUAUAAAUCAAACAGAGAUGACACACAGUGAAGGGACAGUGUAUGAAUUACAGAGAGAAUCCAUCAGAAAUCCUGACACCGGUGACGAACCUGCACAGGAUUCCGGUUCGUUUGAAGGCAACGCUGCUACAAGGGGACACGAUUCCCCGCAGAAAGAUGCAGUGCUGGGGGAAGGAGCGUACGAAAGGACCGGAGAGGAAGAUGAAAGGAGGACAGACUCAGAUUCAGAAUUCAAGGAAGAGCCAACAAAUCCCAUCGAGUACGACGACGAUUAUUUACUAGAAGCAGAGAAAAACCUGACUGAGGAAGAGAAAGAGAGGAGAAAACUGGAGAGUACGGCACUGAAAGAAAAGGGCAACGCUCAGUUCAAGAAUCGGGAGUAUAUAGAGGCUCAGAAAUCAUACACUGACGCACUGGCAGCCUGUCCGGUCUGUUACAGCAAGGAGAGGUCCAUCCUGUUCUCUAACCGAGCAGCAGCACGCAUGCACCUGGAAGAGAAAACAGAUGCCAUCAGUGACUGCUCUAAAGCUAUUGAGCUGAAUCCAGAUUAUGUACGUGCCAUUCUGCGAAGAGCAGAGCUGUAUGAGCAGACCGAGAAGCUUGAUGAAGCUCUGGAGGACUACAAGACCGUGCUGGAGAAAGACCCAGGCAUCCCAGCAGCAAGAGAAGCCUGCUGUAGAUUACCACGACAGAUUGAGGAACGAAAUGAGAAAAUGAAAGAAGAGAUGCUGGGUAAACUCAAGGAUUUGGGCAACAUGAUUUUGCGUCCUUUCGGCCUCUCGACUUCCAACUUCCAGGUCAAUCAGGAUGACAACACAGGAUCCUACUCGGUUAAUUUUGUUCAGAAUCCCAACAACAACAACAGAUAGCAGCAUGAACACGCUUCAUCCGCCCUGCAGCAGCUACCAGACGAAUGCAGCAGCAUGCCAACAGCGACAUGCUCGUGAGCGUAAUGUGGCGUAACACUAUAAUUCUGCUUAAAUUAUAAGUAAAAAUGAGUCUGGAUGAUCACUGCUUGGUCACUGGUUGUCUUUAUUGGGGUUGAUAUUACAUUGCUAAAGCUCCCUCUGAACUGACUAUAAUGAAGAAACCAAACUCUAUAAAUCUCAUAACUGUGAGGAAAAAUUAGACUUGAGUAGGAAAUUGCAUGAAAAUUAAACUUCUAAACACUGAUUUAAUUUAUGCAUUGCAAUAGCAGGGCUCUCGAAAUAAAAAAUACAUUUACAGGCAAA